AUACAUUACAUUGACACAAAAUCCUUCAUCAGCAAUUUUUUGCGAAAAAAUUCUCCACAAUUCCGCAAAAUCUCUUCUAAUUUUGGCAAAAGUUUCCUAUGGCUUCCACAAGUUCUACUUCUACUUUCAUCCCAGAAUGGAAUUAUGAUGUUUUCUUGAGUUUUAGAGGCGAAGACACCCGAUUCAAUUUCACUGAUCACUUGUAUGCAAAUUUGAUUCGAAGAGGUAUUCAUACCUUUAGAGAUGAUUCACUUAAGAGAGGGGAAGAGAUUGCACCUGAACUCCUUAAAGCUAUUGAAGAAUCAAGGUUUUCCCUUGUAGUUUUCUCGGAAAACUAUGCUCGUUCAAGAUGGUGUUUAGAUGAGCUGUUGAAGAUCAUGAAAUGCAGGAAAGAAAUGAAACAAACUGUGGUACCGAUUUUCUACCAUGUGGAUCCAUCCCAUGUACGGCACCAGACAGAAGGGUUUGGAGAGGUAUUUUCCAAUUGCAAAGAAGAUACAGAGGAGAUGAAAGAGAAGCUGCAAAGUUGGAGGAGUGCAUUGACAGAAGCAGCCAAUAUAUCUGGAGAGCAUGUGAAGGAUGGGUAUGAGUCUGAGCAUAUUAAGAAAAUCGUCAACAACAUAUUCAUGAAAUUGAAUUGUAGAAUGUUUGAUGUUGGUGCCAACUUAGUUGGUAUGGAUUCCCGUGUUAAUGAGAUAAUUCGACGGCUAUGUGUUGAUCAAUUGAAUGAUGUUCGCAUAAUCGGUAUAUGUGGAAUAGGCGGAAUGGGUAAGACGACUAUCGCCAAAGUUGUAUACGAUAAAUUUUCUCAUGAAUUUGAGUAUAUGAGCUUUCUUGAAAAUGUUAGAGCAGUUUGCAACACUAUGGGUUUGCACCAUUUACAAAAUCAACUUCUUUGUGAUUUACUUGAGGUGGAGAGAAAUCAAAACAUUAGCAAUGUUGGCCAAGGAGCCAAUAUGAUAAAAAAUGUUCUCCGAUUUAAAAGAGUUUUUAUUGUUCAUGAUGACAUUGAUGAUUCAGAUCAAUUAGAAUAUUUACUCAGAAAUCGUGAUUGGCUUGGAAAAGGAAGCAGAGUCAUCAUUACAACUAGAAGUAAACAUUUGUUGCAAGAAAUGGAUGAUGUAUAUGAGGUUGAGGAAUUAAAUUUUGAACAAGCUCAUGAGCUUUUUAGUCUCUAUGCUUUUAGACAAAAUCUUCCUAAACAAGACUUCAUCCACCACAAUGUGCCUAUGUUGGUGGAUCAUCAAAGAGGCCAUGAUGAUGCUGGGGAAAACCAAGCAGAUGAUCAGGAACCACACCCUAAAGAUUGAGAGCAUCCAGCACUGAUCUCAAGCUUUAAGCUCCAUUGCCAGGUGCACUUGCUAGAAAAGUCCUCUUUAUAUUCCACCAUCUCUCUAUUUUAGUUGUUCAUUCAAGCCCUCAUGGAAACUUAUUGGUAAGCCAUCUUCCUCCCCCUUCUUAAUUACUUUAAGAUAUGUGCGGACUAUAUAACACCAUACAAUUUUUACUAAGUAUUUAUCAUCAAUAUAAGAAUAUAUUGCUUUCUUUUCUAUUUUAUAAUAAAAUACAAAUCCUUUAAAAGGUCUUUUCACUACAUCAUGAAAGGGUAAUGUUGAGUUUGUUACGCCAACAAAAACUCUUAUAUCAUUUAUUGGGCUAGUGGAAGUCUUAAUGAAAAUACACGAAUGAAAGAGCACAAAAAUAAAGAUAAUUCAUGUAUAAAGGUACACAAAGUUUUAGUAUGAUUCAAUCAACCAUAUCUACACCUAUAAAUGAGAGAUAACAUUCCACCAUACAAUAAAAAAAAAUAUUACAAAUAGUAAAAACAGAUGCAACGACUAGGUUACUAAACAUCCAUCAUUUUCCAGUCUUUGUAUCUAUAGUUUAAGCCGUGAGCACUCUUACUUCAUUAGUUGUCUUUCACUCUUCCUCUCAUUUCUAUCUCCAUCUCAUAUCAUAACUUUUUUCCUCCACAUCACCUAAAAUGUUUAGAGAGAUAUUCCUACUAGGUUUCUUUAUUCUAUAAAGAAUUUUAUUACAACCACAUAUGAACUUAGAAAAUAUUCUACAUAAUAUUAUUUUCACAACAAGGAAUAUAUAACAACUAGGAAUUUGAGGCACUUCUCAAUAUAAUUCAUCUUAAAUAUUAGUCAUUUUACAAUUUUGAGUUUGGAAAUCCAAACCUUAAUGCCUAAAACUUGAUUUUUUUUUUAUUUUUUAUUUUAAGAUUAGCUAAACACUUAGUUUUAGAAACUCAUAUUUAGAAUAAAUUAUAAUUAAACUUAAAUAGUGAAGAACAUAUGCAUCCUAUAACUCAAAUUUGGAAUGCAUUCAAUUUAUUGUUGAUUUUGAUUUGCAUAUUUCAAGCAUUUCUUGUUUUUAAUCAUUUAAAAGCUCUACCUCUACCUAGAAUGUCUCCAAAUGCAUGGUGUCCUCACAGUUGUAAUUGUAAGUCAUCUUCAUUUCUCCUUCAAGUCUAUAUAACAAAGGGAUUGGGGUUGCUUAAAUUCUUAGCUGUAGCUUCAAUGUCUUAUUAUUAUUAUUAUUAUUAUCUUGUGAUUAAACAAAUCUUGAGACAAUCCAAAACCAUUAUUCUACGUACAGGUGCUUGGUACAACAACUAAAGAAUCAAUGUUGACUUAGCGGCACCAUGGCUGGAGCACCUUGCUGCCCUUCUACCACCAUGAGAACCACUGCACUGCCAUUCUUGAAGCCAAAUUUGCCACCAUUUAGUCGAGUAAUCCCCACUGUGAUGUUGAUACGAUGCACUUAUUUUGUAACAGGGUGUACUUAUUUUUCAGCAUGCAUGAUGCAUUCGUAACCAGCAUCCUUUGAUGUAAAAUGAGACAUGACAACUCCAUACAUGCCUAAGCGAGGAAAACUGAAAGGUCAUGUAAUACCCUAUAUGGAAACCAUGAAUGUGAAAACUUUUCUAUCAAA